UAGGCACUUUCAAGUUAGGCACAGGAGGCGUCAGGGCACACGCGCGUAAAGCCGGCACGGCGCCUCCGGCGCGCCCGCCACGAGCAGAGGCGCGACGGUCAUGCGCGCGCCGCGCGCGGGCAGCUCCUCCUUGAGGUUCGCGUUCGCCACGACGUAGGCGUCCCUCUGGAGCAGUUCCCGCAAAGCCCCAGACACACCAGGGCCGUCGAGCGCCAUCGUAUCGAUAACCACACCAACAACGCCCCGGUCCCUCAGGAGUCUAGCCGCGCCCUCGGCGACGCCCGGGAAGUGCAGACGAGCGAGACCCGUGCUCUCAUCAAUAUCUGUCCAAUCAGUCACGUUGUAGUACGCGUCUCGGUUCGCGUAGUGCCUGGCGGCCCAGCCCGUCCUUAUUGCAACCAAACUGCCUCUAGGUAUGGGGGCGUGGCGCCGCUCGUCCUGUUCAAUAUCUUCCGGUGUCAGUACGAAAUCAGCAUCGACGUACGGCGCGCCACAGUCGAUGACAACUAGUGGUACGUCCACUAGUUCCUCAAUCGAGAACCUAUCUAUGCUUCUACCGCCGACCACGUAGUGACUGGGUGCUUGGAGAUGCGUGCCACUUCCACCAUCUAAGGCAAAUGAUUUCCUUUCCACGGCUCCGGGAUAUCCUGAAGUUUCGACCGCGUCUAUGAAUAAGGGAGCGACGUCGGGCCGCUGCGUCGCUUCCGAACUCAGGGAGAAGCCGCAGUCCACAAUCGAACCGCCCGUGGUGACGGCCUUGCCGCCGCCACAUCUCGUUUUUUCAGUAGGCCUGGACGGCGCUUGCGGUGCCCCGCGGGCGAAGCACUUCGUCCGCUCCGGUCUUCGUGAAGGCGGCGGCGGCGGCGGCCGCGCGCGCCCGCCGCAGCGCGUCCGCUCCGUCUCCCUAAAAGGAUUCGACUCGGCCGUGCGUCGCGCGAGCCACCCUCGGUUCGCGCAGCGCGUCCGCUCCUGCUCUCUUAAGAAUGGAUUCUGGUCGCUCCUCCCAUUAUUGCGGCAGUUCACGCGUUCGGUCGCGCGGCUCGCGAGCCUUGACGGCGUUAACGAGCCGUUCGCGCACGCGACCGGCAGCAAAUUGCUCCGCGUCUUGGCGCGCGGGUCUUCCGUUUGUGUCCUAGCGCGGUCGAGGGGCGAGUCGACGUUGAGGCGCUCCAUUGUUCUAGGUUUGUCUCGGCACGCCUGUGGCGUUCUUCUGCGUUAUUGGCACCUGUGGUCUCCCGAGCUCUGUGCGGGGUGCGGCCGCGUCGGGCCGGGCUGGACCGACGGCGCAGCUUCAGAAUAUGUGCUGCGCCCUGUUCUUACGGUACGCCGUGUGUUUUUUAGCGCGCUUGCGGUGCUUUACCUUGCUCUUGUGAUUAUCUAG